CAGAGUAGAACGCCAUUACAACGCGGAGCGGGAGUCACGCUAGUUUUAUUCUUGUCUGCCAAAAUGUCUAUUGGAGUGCCCAUCAAAGUCCUGCAUGAAGCAGAAGGACACGUAGUCACAUGCGAAACAAACACAGGAGAAGUGUACAGGGGCAAGUUAAUUGAAGCCGAGGAUAACAUGAAUUGUCAAAUGUCAAACAUUACAGUAACAUACAGGGAUGGCAGAGUGGCACAGCUGGAGCAGGUGUACAUCAGAGGCAGCAAAAUAAGAUUCCUCAUUCUUCCAGACAUGUUAAAGAAUGCCCCUAUGUUAAAGAGUAUGAAGAAUAAAAAUCAGGGUUCGGGUGCUGGCAGAGGGAAAGCUGCUAUCCUCAAAGCCCAAGUGGCAGCAAGAGGCAGAGGACGUGGAAUGGGACGUGGAAAUAUUUUCCAAAAACGGCGAUAACCAGGAUUUCUUUGCAUUUUUUUUUUAGUACUGUUCUUUGGCCUACUACUCUGGUGAAUUUCCUUAUGUAUAUAUUUUUUUUUUGUUUAAUAAAACUGUUCCUUACUGAUUUUUAAACGUUA